AUGAGCUAUCCACCUGAUAUUAGGAAUCAGAAUGCUCCUGACAAUCUCAGACUCAUAUCUCUUGAUAUUAAAAAAGAUAUCAUUAAUGCAGCUGCAACUGAGACAAUAAAGGCUAUCAUUACAGAUUUGGGAGAUGAUUUGUUCUCUAUUCGAGAUAUAUUAGUUAAAAAGCAAAUGGGAGUUGUCAUAAGACAUGUCAAUGGAACUGGAUGCGUCAUUGAAAGAUUUAUUAGUCUUGUGCAUGUCCAUAAUACAAAUGCAGCAUCCCUUAAAAAAGGUAUUGAGUCUUUGCUCUCUACUUAUGGCUUGAGUAUAUCUAGUUUGAGAGGUCAAGGCUAUGAUGGAGCUAGUAAUAUGCGAGAUGAAUUUAAUGGCUUUAAAAUUUUGAUAUUGAAGGACAAUUUUACUGCUUAUUAUAUCCAUUGUUUUGCUCAUCAACUCCAACUCACACUUGUUGCUGUUGCUAAAAAACAUUCAAGUAUAGGUUCUUUUUUCAAUACUGUUACUCAUUUGGUCAAUGUUAUUGGAGGUUCUUGUAAAUGCAGGGAUAUGCUUCGAGAAAAGCAACUAGAGAAAGUGUUUGAAGGAAUUGCAAAAGAAAAUGGUAGUGAUGAUCCACAAAGGGCUGAAGUAAUUGAUUUGCUAGAUAUUAUGAAUCGAUUUGAAUUUGUCUUUGUGUUGCAUCUUAUGAAAAAUAUUUUGGGAAUCACACAUGAGUUAUCACAAGUUUUACAGAGGAGGGAUCAAGAUAUUGUAAAUGCUAUGAAUCUAGUUAAAGUCUCAAAAUGUCAUUUGCAAGUGAUAAAAGAAAAUGGUUGGGAAGCUUUGUUACUUGAGGUAUUGGAAUUUUAUGGUAAAUAUGAUAUAGCUGUAUUAGAUAUGGAGGAUGUCUAUGUAGCUAGAGGGAGAUCAAGGCCUAGAAGUAAAGAAAUGACAAAUCUUCAUCACUAUUGUGCUGAGUUGUUUUAUUCUAUGAUUGAUAUGCAGUUUUAA